AUGUCAGAGGUCUCUUGGAUUCAGCGUGCGUUUGAGACAGUUCGAGGACAGCAGGCCGCAAAGCCUACUACGUUGCACGCGGCAGAAAUGGAUGAGCAUCCCGCAACAACUACAGACUUUGUCUAUUUCAUGGAUGACACCAAUGUGUUGGCCAUAGAUGAGGAUUACGUGGAUCCAUCUCACUGGCCUCCUGAAAAGUCUGUGGUGAUCUUGUCCGAAGCAUUCUUUCAUUCGAUGCAGGGCGCAUUCCAUUUUGUCCUACGCGAAGAAUUUCUGCAACGAGCAUUCUCCUUUUCGGGCAAAGGAUCGACUCCGUCGUCGUGGACACAACGACGCUGGUUGUCGUUGGCGAACCUCGUGUGGGCUAUUGGGUCGAAGUGGCUACAGAUAACUGAAAUGGCCGACCAGGAUAACCACGGAGAACACUUGCUCUACUAUGCAAGGGCGCGGGCCCUGGGUCUCGACCACAGGGUCAUGUUCGAUCAUCCUGAUAUUGAGCGCGUCCAAGGCAUUGGCCUUUUGGCUUUCUACCUUUUUGUCAAUGGAUCCAUCACGCGAGCCUGGAAUACGCUAGGCCAUGCUACCCGUCAUGCCACGGCACUCGGUCUGCACUUGAGAAUAACCGAUCCGCGCGUGAGCGAAGCGGACAAGGCACGGCGAGCUCGCACAUGGUAUUCACUCUACAGCCUCGAGAUCUUGAUUGCCGAAAUUACGGGGCGGCCUAAAUCCAUAUUUUUGUCGGAUGUGACCAUACCUAUAGACCAUUUCUGGUCGGUUCCGCGAGAAGUCCAAGAAUUCUCCGGACAAGUCGACAAUCUCCAGUCGCCGGCUGGCUCGAGGAAGAUUUGGCUCGAAUACUUGAAUGCUUGCCGCAAUGCAUCCCAGAUGACCGGCGGGGUGGUCCCUUGGAAAAGUUUUGCAUCGGUAGGACGCAGCAUCCCCACUUCGUACUUGCCUCAACGACUAUAUCUCUGUCGCCUAAGUGACAAGAUUGCAUCGCAGAUGUACAGCGGGACGUCUGAAGAUUCGUGGUAUGAGGUCCAACGGAAGAUGGGCAAUUUACAGACGGAGUUGAGAGCCUGGGCCGAGAAUCUUCCUCAGGAGUUGGCUCUCCAGGGCCAGGAUCCUACGGACACGGAUCCUCGAAUCAAGAUCGAACUAGCCAUGUACUACCAGAGCGUGGAGAUGAUCCUCAACCGCCCAUGCCUCUGCGAGGUGAUUAUUGAGGACGAGUCGAUCCAUUCGAAAGAAUUCAACCGAAGUUCGGCACGCGCCUGCGUGCAUGCAGCCAUGUCCAUGUUGUCUCUGAUGCCGGACUAUCCCACUGCGCAUGAGGCAUACCAGCUGCUUCCGUGGUGGACGCUCCUCCAUUUUGUGACGCAAGCAGCAUCUGUGUUGCUGCUGGAGCUUGCUCUCGGCGCACCCCAUUUCAGGGACGAGAUACCACAGGUAGUGACAUACUUGCGCAAGGCAAUGGCAUAUCUCUGGUGCAUGAGCAACAAUUCACUGUCGUGUUACCGAGCGUGGAGGAUAUUCAGGCAACUGCUGACCGAGGUCAUGGAGCGGCAUGACGAUUUGGACAUGACCGACGUCCCUUCUGAGGCGCCGCCGCCUGCUACGUGGAAUGAAGAGCUCGAAAAGCUGACCGUGAAGUCAUUCGCGAAUCCAAAGCACGGCUUUGCAGAACCCAUGCAGCAAUAA